GGAAAAUUAAAAAAAGGGAAAAUAAACAAAAAAAAAUUAUUCAGAAAAGGAAGGUGAAGAGUUAGGAGACAGAGAUUAGGUUUUAAAAAAACCCUAAUUUCAUUAAGAGAAAAAAAAGAAAGAGCUCCCUCAGACGAUCGACAGGACGGCCGUUGAUCAACGACGUGUCAAGAUUGUGAUAAUGACAUCAAAGAACGCUGCGACUACUUCCACAGAUCCUGCAUACAAAUACGGUAUAAAAGAUCCUAAUAACCGAACUUAUUUUACGUGCAUAUUCUGUCGUAAAGUUACCAAGGGGGGAGUUCAUCGACUGAAGCAACACUUCGUUGGGGGUUUUAGGAAUGUGAUCAAAUGCCCUUCUUGUCCCGAGAAUGUGAGACAAGAAAUAUCGGAGUUUAUGUUGAAAAAGGCGACUUCAAAGACUAAAAGUCAAAUGUUGCCUAAAGUUCCGAUUGAAUCUCAAUCCGAUGAUGGUUUAGAUGAAGAUGAAGAAGAGUUUGUUCCUAAAAAACCAAGAACGAAGGGUCUAAUGGAUAUGGUUAUCACUCCUCGAACUCAUCCAGAGAAAGAUGAAAAGGCAAUCUACAAAGUUAUUGACGAGACACUCAGGGAAAAAACUUAUAGAUCAAUAGCUCGAUUUUUUUGCGAUGCCGGAAUUCCAAUCAAUGCAGUUAGUUAUCCAAGUUUUGGAAAGAUAUGCGAAAGUAUCGCACAAUAUGGUCCGGGGUUGAAGAUACCUACCAUGUAUGAGUUGAAAGUUUCGCUUAUUGGGGAGGAGGUAAACGAUACCCAAAUGCAACUCCAUCGAUCUUUGCAUGCUACCGCUGAUUUUCUAAACCCAAGUCUCAAUUACGGUAAACCAGAUUCUUCUUGUGAAGAGGUUAUGAAGAGUGUGUUUAAAUGUAUUGAAAUGUUAUCUCGUACCGUUGAGAUGGAAGGUAAUAUCAUAAGAGAGUUAAGAACAUAUAUAUCAGCGGGCGGGCUCUUCGGUCUACCGGUAGCCACUAAAUUAAGAAACACACAAUCUCCAGCGGAGUGGUGGUCUUCUUUUGGAACUUUGACUCCUAGUCUUCAAAAGUUUGCCUUGAAAAUCUUUCGCCUCACUUAUAAUGCUACUGCUGAGAAGAAUUUAGAUGUUGUUCAACAUAUUGACAAGAACAAGAGAAAUGUGGAACGAUGGUACAAAAGGAAAUAUAGACGUGAUCCGCUUCUCUUGGAGGAAAUUGAUGAAAGUAGUGAAUGGUUAAUUGGGAGAAUGGAAGAUGACUCGUCAGAUGAUAAUGAUGAUGACAAUUGCCUCACAUGGAGUCCAAUCCGUAGGAUAACAAAGGCCUAUGAUUCUCAUAUGAGUAAAGAAAAGGGUAUUGAGAAUGAUUCGACAUUGCCGGAGGAGGAGGAAGAAGAAGAAGAUAUUGGCGAAGAUGAUGAUUGUUGGGAAGAUGAUGAAUACUAUGAUGACGAUGAUGAAUAUUAGUUAUUAAAAAAGAUAAAACUGAUGGUUUGGUUUGUUGU